AUGGCCUUCGUGUCCCUUUUCGUCUGCGUUCUCAUCAAUCUUCUCCUGCGAGUGCGCGUUCCAGCCCGCAGAUCCGGUCUGAUCGCCGACCUCCACGCCUUCACAGAACUGCCCUACAUUUUCUUCGUCGUCGGCUUCUUUCUCAUUUACUGGGCAGUGUACUUCGCCUUUUACUACAUCGAUCUCUACGGCUACACUUACGCCUCAUUCACUUCCCUUGACUCGAUCAAUCUCCUUUUGAUCACCAACGGCCUCGGCAUGCCUGGUCGCGUCCUACCCGGCUUCGUCGCAGCGCGCCUCCUCGGGCCCCUGAACACGGCGAUCCCCACGACCGUGUCGGUCGCGAUCGUGCUGUACUGCUGGCCCGCCGUCGCGCUAUACGCGUUCGCGGCGGUAUACGGCCUCGUAGCCAGCGCGAUCCAGUCGCUGUUCGCCGUCUCGCUCGCGGCGCUGACGGACGACCUGAGCCAGCUCGGCACGAGGAUGGGGAUGGUGUUCAGCGUGGUAGCGUUCGCGUGUCUGACAGGCAGCCCGAUCGCGGGCGCGAUCGUGCAGGCGAGCGGAGAGAGUUACUUAGGGGCUCAGAUGUAG